AUGCGCUCCUUUGGUCUAUUCGCCGCCCUGUUGGCCUGUCUGGCGGCUGCAGUCGGCGCCCAGAGCACGCAGGACACGCUCGCCAAGCUCGCCGCUAGCAACAAUGGCGUAAUCAAUCUGGACACCAAGACAUACGGACUCUUGAGCAGCCCAAAUCGCGACUGGUCGUUCUCUGUACAGUUCACUGCUCUGGACAAGAAGCGUCGAUGUGCACCGUGCAAGGAGUUUGACCCUUCAUGGCGCGCCGUAGCAAAGGCUUGGACAUCGGUCCCCAAGGCAGAGCGUAACCAGCACUUCUUCGCCACCGCCGACUUUGACAACACCCCAGAGGUGUUCCAGAAAAUGGGUCUGCAGACCGCGCCUGUGGUCAUGAACUUUGGCGCUGCUGCCGGACCGCGCAAGGUCGCCAAGCCCGACGCGCCCAUCCUCAACGACUUCUCCGCUGGCUUCGACGCCGAGCCGCUUGCUCGUCAACUCUCCCAACAUACACCAAAGCCCAUUCCCUACCGCGCACCGAUCCGCUGGGGCUUCUGGAUCACCUCUAUCUUUGGCCUCGUUGCAGCAGGGCUCACCAUCCGCUUCAUCGCCCCCAUCCUCGUAUCACGCUGGACUUGGGGUUUCAUCACCGUGAUCACGAUGUUGACCAUGACCUCGGGAUACAUGUUCACGAAAAUCCGUGGCGUGCCGGCAGUCGGUCCGAACGGUGCAGCUAUUGCUGGUGGCUACCAGAACCAGUUCGGCCAGGAGGUGUACCUAUUGUCGUUCUUCUACGGCAUUCUGGCGUUCUCCUUUGUCGGUCUUGUACAUUUCGUACCUCGCAACUCGUCGCCCGCUCUCCAAACGACCAAGACGUACUUCUUCACCGGCCUGACCUUCUUCAUGUUCUCGGCCCUGAUCUCCAUCUUCAAGCUGAAGAACCCAGGGUACCCCUUCAAGCUGUUCUUCUAG